AUGGCAGCACGACCGCUCCUGGUUGGGCUUGCAUCCGCACGGAUUGCCAUAUUGAACACCGGGCUUCGCGGCACUGUGCCUCAACGGACCUUCCGGCCAUCAAUAAUUCGAAGGGCACCUACCGUAGCGACCUCAACGCCCUCAACAAGCAACACAAUCAUCACCCCACCACCAACGUCUUCCCUUCCACCUGAGGAAGUAGCAUAUGAAACCAAGCACGCCGCAUUUCUCGGUGAGGCAGACAGUAACGACGGACACGAGGCAUUCAGGGACGCCUACGGAGCGCCAUUACCGGCGCUGGAUGCUCAGAACUCGGCAUUCCUGGGCGAGGCAGACUCGGACGACGCAUUUGAAGCACAGAAAGCAGCAGAUGGUGAUAAACAUGAACCACUCGAUGCUUCCCAAUCCGCAUAUCUGGGCGAAGCAGAUAGUGAUGAUGGAUUCGAAGCGGACGUCGAGGUGUACCCUGAGGAACAUCGACACAGGAUUGAAGAUACCAGUGGGAGUGGAUUGCAUGGGCAGAGUGGUGAGCAGGAUGGUAGAAUUGAGUGA